AUGCGAUCGCAGUCUCUUUGGCGCUCCCUUGCGCUGUUGCAGAGUACUUCCACCCGCUCCUUGGUAAACACUGGUCUGGGCCGACGUGCCUUUCAGACUGCCAAUUCCCGCGUCCCCGACUUCGCCUUUGCAUUUGACAUCGAUGGCGUGCUGCUACGAUCCUCUAAACCUAUCCCCGGAGCCGCUGAGUCGCUAGCCCUUCUCAAAGAACAGAACAUCCCGUUUCUCCUCCUGACAAAUGGUGGUGGAAAACAUGAAACUGAGCGAGUGGCGGAAAUAAGCGAGAAGCUCCAGGUCCCAUUGGAGCCGGAGGUUAUUGUUCAGAGUCAUUCACCUUUCGCGGAGCUUGUGCGCGGGCCGGACGAGCAGAGUGCCCUGGAGAACAAAUGCGUGCUGGUGGUCGGAGGAGAAGGUGAUCGUUGUCGCCAGGUAGCGCAGAUGUACGGCUUCAAAAACGUGGUGACACCGGGCGAUAUCUAUAUGGCGAACCCAUCUAUCUGGCCUUUUAGAUCUUUCCAGAGCUACUACGAGAAGAUUUCUAAGCCAUUGCCAAACCCAAAGGAUUCCAGUGACCCCUCGAGAGGGUUGAAGAUUGACGCCAUCUUUGUCUUCAAUGACCCGCGGGACUGGGCUUUAGACGCUCAGAUCAUCACCGACGUCCUACUAUCGUCGGAGGGCGUGAUAGGCACCAUCUCCGAAAAGAACGGUCGGACUGAUCUUCCUAAUCGGGGUUUCCAACAAGAUGGGCAGCCGCAUCUGUACUUUUCGAACCCAGACCUCUGGUGGGCUGCAGCCUACCACCUUCCUCGUCUUGGCCAGGGAGGAUUCCGCGAGGCACUGGAAGGCAUCUGGGCUGCUGUGACUGGAGGCCCGAGCAAAGGCGUCGAGCUAAAGAAGACCAUUAUUGGCAAGCCUUACCAAGGGACGUACGAGUUUGCGGAGCAUCAGCUCUUGCGCAACCGUGCUAGAGUAUUCGGCUCGGACGCUCAGCAGCCUUUGCGGAAUGUGUAUAUGAUCGGAGACAAUCCAGAGUCAGAUAUCCGUGGCGCGAACAGCUACCGGAGUGAACAUGGCAGCAAGUGGCACUCGAUCCUUGUGCGAACCGGUGUCUACAAUGGUGGUGAGCCAGCGUGGACUCCGACGACGAUCGCUGAUAACGUGCACAAGGCAGUCGAGUGGGCAUUGAAGAACUCACAGUGGCGAUUUCCCGAAGAAACCCCCGCCGCUGCGGCCGCCCCCGCCGAGGGUGCCGAGGCCAGCAAGAGCGCCAGCAAGAACGCCGCGAAGAAGGCCGCAAAGGAGAAGGCCAAGGCUGAGAAGGCUGCUGCUCGUGCUGCCCAGGAGAAGGCUCAAGCUGCCGCCGCCGCUGCCGACGACACCGCCAAGGACCUGUAUGGCAAGCUUCCCGAGUCCGAAGAUGUCAUCGCCGCGACGAGAUUCUCCGACAUCUCCGACGAGCACUACGAGCAGGAGGUUACCCUGGUGGCUCGCGUCGACAAUGCCCGUGUGCAGAGUGCCAAGCUGGCUUUCCUGAUGCUGAGACAGCAGGGUCAGAAGCUGCAGGCCGUCAUUGCUCUUGCGGAGCCCAUCUCCCGUCAGAUGAUCAAAUACACUGGUGGAUUGAACGUCAACUCCAUUGUCCAGGUCACCGGUAUCAUCAAGAAGCCUGCCGUGCCCAUCUCGUCGGCUACCCUUAGCAACCACGAAAUCCACAUCCGCAAGGUCUACAUGAUCUCUGAGGCGGCCCAGAUGCUCCCUAUGCAGGUCAAGGAUGCCGAGAGACCGCCCCCGGAGACCAGCGAGGAGGGAUUCGAGGUUGGUGAGGAUGGUGCUCCUAUUGUCACUCUCAAGACCCGUCUCGACAACCGGGUCCUCGAUCUCCAGACCGAAACCAGCCAGGCUAUCACCUGGAUCUCUAGCGGCGUCGCCGAACUGUUCGCCGAAUACAUGAUCAAGAGCGGUUCGCGGUGGAUCUUCACCCCCAAGCUGGUGGGUGCGGCUACCGAAGGUGGUAGCAACGUCUUUGAGGUCAAGUACUUCAAGAAGAACGCCUACCUGGCCCAGAGUCCCCAGCUGUACAAGCAGAUGUGCAUUGCUGGUGACAUGGAGAGCGUUUUCGAAAUUGCUCCCGUCUUCCGUGCCGAAGACAGCAACACCCACAGACACUUGACUGAGUUCGCUGGUCUCGAUUUCGAGAAGACUUUCCGCGGCCACUACCACGAGGUUCUGGAGUUCGCCGAGAACCUCCUCGUCUUCAUCCUCUCCCAGCUCAAGGAGCGCUACGCUGACAAGAUCGCCAUCAUCCAGAAGUCUUACCCCAAGGCCGGUGACUUCAAGCUCCCCAAGGAUGGCAAGGCUCUCCGCCUGAACUACAUGGACGGUGUUGCUAUGCUGAAGGAGGCCGGUGUCGAUGUCUCCGAGCAGGAGCGCUUCGAGAACGACUUCACCACCGCGAUGGAGAAGCAGCUGGGACAGAUCAUCCGUGACAAGUACGACACGGACUUCUACGUGCUCGACAAGUUCCCGAUGGCCGUCCGUCCUUUCUACACCAAGGCCUGCCCGGAGGACCCCCGCUUCUCCAACUCGUAUGACUUCUUCAUGCGUGGUGAGGAGAUCAUGUCCGGUGCCCAGCGUAUCCACGACAUCAAGGAGCUGGAGGAGUCGAUGGUCGCCAAGGGUCUCAACCCCAACCAGGAGGGAUUCGAGGACUACCUGUCUGCUUUCCGCCAGGGCUGUCCUCCCCACGCCGGUGGUGGUCUGGGUCUGAACCGUAUUGUCAUGUUUUUCCUGGGUCUGCCUAACGUUCGUCUGGCGUCCCUGUUCCCCCGUGACCCCCAGCGUCUCCGCCCUUAAGCGGGUGGCUAGAGCCGCAAUAGAUUACAAGACCUGUAUCUGGAUACAAAAGAAUAUAAUGGAGCGACGAAUUGAAUGUUUAG